UGGCACUAAUCUGGACAUUUUGAACCAUGUCCCAAAAAACAGCAGCACACACAACAUUUGAAUGACUCAUAAAUUACAAUUUUAUACACAUUAAACUGCAUAUGUUAACAAUGCUUAUGAUUGUGUCUGUUUUCCCUCUGGAGCUGUGCACUUUCCUGUUUUUUGAUCACUUCUUUUUGUAUCUAGAAAUGUAAAUGGUAUGGGUGUAACGGUACACGUAGUUGGACCGAACCCUUUCGGUACGGCACUUUCGGUUCAGUUCACUCUUGUACCUUUUCGGUUUGUUUAUUUUUUUCUCCCCAAAUGUAUUAACUUUGCGCCGAGGCGGAAUGUUAUUCGCGGUAUUCCGCCGGGACUUUCAAUGGUUUCUGCACUCAGGUUGUUUUUGCUUUUACAGAUAAAAGAGUUAGCGCAGAGUACAAGUGUGUGUGUGUGUGUGUGUGUGAACACAUGCUCAGUUUGUGUUGCUCAGUUAUGGAGGGUCCGAACGGGGAAGUGAACUCCGAAGGAAGAUCCGCCUUCCACGGUCAGAAACGUCAUUGCAGUUCAGGUUCAACGGCUGUUAGGUGACGGAGGUGACAGUGCGCAUGUCCACAGGAUCAGCAUGGAACAAUCAGAUAUUGUCAUCAAGGCUCUCCUUUGAAGCGAUGACCUGUGUUACAGAGGACAGAAAAACUGCUCAGGAAUCCACCUUCCCCAACAUGUACACUUUUGACCUUUUUGGUGGAGUUGAUCUGCUUGUGGAGAUCUUGAUGAGACCCACACUAUCGAUGCAGAAGAAAACCCCCAAAAUGAAUGAGGACUUGGUUAAAGACUGUCUAAGUGUUCUAUACAACUGCGGUAUAUGUAUCGAGGGCGUGACCAAGAACCUGGCAGCGAGGGAUGACUUUGUUCUGUUCCUCUUCACCUUGAUGACAAACAAAAAGACCUUUCUGCAGACUGCUACCUUAAUUGAAGAUAUUCUAGGAGUCAAAAAGGAGAUGAUUCCCUUGGAAGGCAUUCCUAAUCUGUCGGGUUUGGUCCAAAGCUUCGACCAGCAACAGCUAGCCAACUUCUGCCGCAUCCUGUCUGUGACCAUCUCUGAGCCAGAUGCUGGAAAUGAUGACAAGCACACUCUUUUGGCCAAGAAUGCACACCAAAAGAAGACCGCCAGCCCUUCACGUGCAGAGAUCAACCAGGUGACUCUCUUAAGCAUCCCCGGGUUUAUUGAGCGUCUCUGCAAGCUGGCAACUAGAAAGGUGUCGGAAGCCACGGGGCUGAACUUCCUGCAGGAGCUGGAGGACUGGUACACGUGGCUGGACAAUGCUCUGGUGCUGGAUGCCCUCAUGCAGAUGGCUACUGAGGAGACUGAACAAAGCAGUACAGAGUCAUCAGAUGAAAGUUCUUUGGCCACCAGCCCCCUGAGACACAGACUGCCUCAAUCCAUGAAGAUUGUUCAUGAAAUUAUGUAUAAAGUAGAAGUUCUGUAUGUGCUCUGCGUUCUUCUUAUGGGCCGGCAAAGGAACCAGGUUCAUAAGAUGCUGGCUGAGUUUCGGCUCAUCCCAGGACUCAACAACCUGUUUGACAAGCUCAUCUGGAGGAAAUACACAUCUUCAAACCACGUUGUGCAUGGCCAGAAUGAGAACUGUGACUGUAGUCCAGAAAUAUCCUUCAAAAUCCAGUUCUUGCGACUUCUUCAAAGUUUCAGUGAUCACCACGAGAAUAAGUAUCUCCUCCUGAACAGCCAAGAGCUUAAUGAACUGAGUGCCAUAUCCAUGAAGGCCAACAUUCCAGAGGUGGAGGCUCUGGUCAACACCGACAGGAGCUUGGUUUGUGACGGCAAAAAGGGCCUCCUCACACGGCUCCUUGCUGUCAUGAAGAGGGAGCCUCCUGACUCAUCCUUCAGAUUCUGGCAAGCGAGGGCUGUGGAAAGUUUUCUCAGAGGAGCCACUUCUUAUGCAGAUCAAAUGUUUCUCCUGAAGAGAGGGCUGUUGGAGCACAUCCUGUUCUGCAUCAUAGACAGCGGUUGCACCUCUCGAGAUGUCCUUCAGAGCUACUUUGACCUGCUGGGAGAGCUCAUGAAGUUCAACAUCGACGCCUUCAAAAGAUUCAACAAAUAUGUCAACACUCCAGAAAAGUUCCAGGCUUUCCUGACUCAAAUCAACAGCUCUCUGGUGGACUCCAACAUGCUGGUGCGCUGCAUCGUUCUGUCGUUGGACCGCUUUGAGAGUCAGACUGAAGACGUCAAAGUGGUGGAAGUACUUUCAGAGUGCUCGCUGCUGUCGUAUAUGGCCCGGGUUGAGAACAGACUGUCCUUCCUCUUCAGACUCAUCAACAUCAUCAACGUACAGACGCUCACGCAGGAAAACGUGAGCUGCUUAAACACCAGUUUGGUUAUUUUAAUGCUGGCCAGGAGAAAAGCAAAGCUCCCCUUCUACCUCAACGCUCUGCGGGAGAAGGAGUACGCUGAGAAGUACCCGGGCUGUAUGCUCAACAACUUUCACAACCUGCUGCGCUUCUGGCAGCACCACUACCUCAACAAGGACAAAGACAGCACCUGUCUGGAAAACAGCUCCUGCAUCCCCUUCAGCUACUGGAAGGAGACGGUGUCAGUUCUUCUGGGCUUGGACAGGACUUCUCUGUGCGCUAUAGUCCGCUACAUCGAUGAGCCCUUUGAGGAUUUGGACAGGGACCUGCUGGAGGAUUGAGCUCCAGCCUGUGAACUCUGUGCUCCAGGAAUGGGACGGAGCAGACGGUUGCGGGGAGCUUGGACACCUAGAAGCGGUGACGGCCCUGUGGGCGCUCCGUGACCGCGCCGUGGUUGUAAAACCUCACCUUCUUGAUAUCCGUACCUUCGCAUGGAGGCUGUCGACGCAGAUGUGGAAUUCGCCGGAAAAAAAAAAGGUUUUCUCACUAAUUUACGCCCUGAUUUUGAAAAGAAGAGGAGCAAAGCUGCUUGGAUCGGUCACAUGGUUAAACGGUUCUGACGUGCGUUGGUCUUCUGCUUUAGGAAAAUUUACGAAAAUUUAUAUAACAUGUCCAAAAAUAGAAGAAUCAGAAAUAAGAACCAGUUGUGAAACCUGAUCAUGAUUCAGAUGUGCUGGAUGGUGGUGUAUCACAGGGCUGCUGGGAGCCACCAGCCUCCCUCUCACACUACCCUCAUCCUCUGUGCUGACUCCAUUUCUUCACAUGUGGAAAACAGAAUCAUAUUAGAAUUGCAGGGCCCCUUCAUUGAAGCUUGGUUUUGCAGGUGGCUGUAGUUGAUUGGCUCCACUCGGCACAUGUAGGUAACUCGAGGCCCAGCUUACAGUGUUCCUCGCGCCAAAAAACCAUUCGUUCUGUUGUGGCUUUAAAAGCUUUACCCAGGGAAUCAUUUAUAGCUUUUUCCAAGUUACUUUGCUGGUUUGUUUAAAAUGAUGGAUUUUAACUCUGGAAAAAGCGUGAAGUGAAACAUUAGCACAGAGCAAUGACUUUUAUUGUUAAAUAUGUUAUUUCAUUUGUUAAUUAAAAAUAUUUUCACUCUGUAACAAAAGUUCCGAUGUUGUAAGAAAUGCAAUAGGAUAAAAUAAACUAUGCAGGUGUUACUCUAAAA